GCUCACCCUUAGCGAUCCGCUACCGGUCGCCAGCGAUCCCGCUCCCGGGUCCCGAACAGACCCAGAGUGCGCGCAACGACGGGUUGGGACACUUGCGGACCUGACCCUGGAGAUCACCCGGGUUUGCCCGCCUCCCAUCAGCCGCGAUUCCCUGGCCCGCGACCCUGAGCCCAGGGAACUCAUUGGGUGGGGGUAGGGUCCCCGGGGACCCGGGCCAGCUCCCGGCGCGACGAUGGAAGAGCAGCAGCGCGCGCGCUCGCACACGGUCACCACCACUACCAGCUCCUUCGCGGAGAACUUCUCCACCACCAGCAGCAGCUUCGCUUACGACCGAGAGUUCCUCCGCACCCCGCCGGGGCUCCUGAUCGUGGCAGAGAUCGUCCUGGGACUGCUGGUGUGGACGCUCAUCGCUGGCACUGAGUAUUUCCGAGUCCCUGCUUUUGGCUGGGUAAUGUUUGUAGCUGUCUUUUACUGGGUCCUCACCGUCUUCUUCCUCAUUGUCUACAUCACCAUGACUUACACCAGGAUUCCCCAGGUGCCCUGGACCACAGUGGGCCUGUGCUUUAACAGCAGUGCCUCCGUCUUGUACUUCUCCGCAGCCGUAGUGGACGCGUCUUCUGUCUCCCCAGAGAAGGAAGGUCACAACUUCAACAGCUGGGCAGCGUCCUCGUUCUUUGCCUUCCUGGUCACCAUCUGCUAUGCUGGGAACACAUACUUCAGUUUCAUAGCCUGGAGAUCUAGGACCGCCCAGUGACUCUGCCUCCUCAGAAAAUGGAGAAGACACACCAGGAUGAAACCCACUGUUACAGAAAAACAGUUGUAGCUAUAAUGUAUAUUGCCCCAGAAUUGUAUUUAACUAAUGUUUUUAUAUCUUAGUUAAAUUAGCUCCCAGUGUCUUGUUACAAUCAAGCUGGAUAUUUACUUGGGAAGUGCUGUGGCUUCUAAUGAACCCCAGGGUCUCCUGACUUCCUCCUAGGUUUUAUUUUUCUUACACAAUGUAUAAAUAAAUUCUUAAAUGUUA